UCAAAUCAGAUAUGUGCCUGCCAGGUGUGUGGUCUCAUAUUUCACAAACCCAAACUUCUUACAAGGCAUAUAAAGAAAAUGCAUGACAAAAUUAAGAAGUAUUUGUGCCGUUUUUGUCCUAAAGGAUUUAACGAUAAAUUUGAUCUGAAGAGGCAUACAAGAAUUCAUACAGGUAUCAAGCCUUUUAAAUGUCAUAAUUGUGGAAAAGGAUUUUCACAAAGAUGUUCUUUAGAAGCACAUGAAAGGAAGGUUCAUUCACAAGAGGUUAGAUUCGAACCUAAACAAAGACGAGACAAAAUGCAUAUUUGCGAGGAGUGUGGUAGCACAACCAAAGAUCCGGACAUGCACUAUUUUCACAUUAAACAAAAUCAUCCAAAUAGUUCAUUGCUAUCCAAA